CGUUAACCAUAGGUCGCCGAUAAGACUAUCAUCGGACAAAAGGUUAGAUCCCUCCGAGUAUAAAUUACGCGUGCACCUCCGUCACAAUCACGUUUGUGUGAAAGCAGAAGCAUCAUGGCCAAGUUUAUCUACUUUUUCCUCGCAGCCCUCGCCGUUCAGGCCGUCGUGGCUAGACCCAAGAAGACGCCACCGACCGAGAAGACCGGCUUGGAACAGUUCAUGGAAAAUGUCGACACCGUUCGCAAGGACAUCGAGGCAACCAUCAAGAAAGUGCUGCCCGGAAACAAGGACAUUGACAAGGCUCUCGUUGAUGUAUCCAAGGCUUUCGCCACCACCGUCGAGAAGGGAACCAGGGACUUGACCGAACAGGCCGACAAGAACAAGCCAGUCAUCGAGAAGUUGGUCAAGGAAGCCUCCGAGAGGAUCAGCGAGUCAGUCGCCUACAUCAAGGGAUUGGUCGGCGAAGACACCGUCAAGAAAGGCGAGGAAGUCAGGAAGCACGUCGAGACCAACAUCAACAACAUCUUCGCCGAAGGCAAAAAGGUCGAGGAGGCGCUCAUGCCAUCCUUGGAACACGCCCAAGAAGGCAUGAAGAAGGUGGCCGAAGAUUUCUUCGGAAUGUUGAAAAGCGCCGGUGAACGUUUAAAGGCCGAUUUGGACAAGGCAAUCGCUGAACAGGCACCCAAACAUUAAAGCGACUGAUAACGUUACUACACCACGAUACCUAUUUU